UACAAAUUAAGCUCCGAGGUAACUUACCGUUUCCUCCGUGAUGAAGAAGCCGAGGAAGAAUUCAAAAAUCGCUACAACACCAUGAAUAUGUUCAACGUGAUGGUAAGGCGGAGAUUGAAUCCUGAUGACGAUGAUGAUGAUGGUAACCCAAAAGGUAAAGAUGGUGAAGACGAAGCAGCAAGCACUUCCACCAAGUCUCGUUUAACCAAAAGGAAAAAGAUAAAAUCCACAAAGCCUCCUCCCAAGUCUUCUAACCUUCUUCUUACUGAAUUAGACGAGUGGAAGGUCUAUGGAAAUGACGAAGAUGACGAAGAGGAUCUUGAAAACACUUUGCUAACUACCAAUGGUAGUGGAGAAGGGAGUGAAGAGAAGAAGAAGGCUACGAUAUCAGGGGACGGAGAAUCAGUUAUAAGUGCUAAAAAACGUAAAGAGUUGGAGAAUAAGAGAAAACGCGCUGCCACUAUUGUAGCUCGUAAAAGACGCGCCACGAAACAACGAGCUAGGCGACGUCGCAAGGGUGUUGUCCUGCAUAGUUCUGAUGAGGAGGAUGAUCUCUUUGAGGAGGCAGUGGAUGAAAGUGAUCCGGAUGAUCAUGAAGGCGAUGAGGUGGACUACAUGACUGACUCUUCGUCUGAUGAAGAAAAGCUGUCGGAGGAGGAGAGGGAGCAGAUUUAUGAGGAACAGGGUGUUGAUGAAGAGGCUGGAUUAAAAGCUCUACUCACUGAUAUAAGCCCUCUUACGGUAUGGUAUUAA